CAAACAGUUUAAGCCUACCGGUGAACUUUAUACGUCCUGACUAGAACUUGCUAGAUGUUUUUGUGCCAUCAUAGGUUGCUGACAUAUAUUUGAUUGUGCCCCUUUCUUUAAUACUCAAGCCUCAGCCUGUCAUCAGAAUGAAGACUCUAUAGAUCACGAUUCCAGAAGUUGACUAAGUACCUACCUAUUCUUGCAUCCACCUAGGCCUAGACCUACCCGAUAUCUCUCCUCCAUCAAUAACAUCUACCACCUACCUGCCAAGAUGUACGUUCCAUGUACUAUCCCUUAUAUAACUCACUUCUAUGCCCUUGGCAACACUCCCGCCGUCAGCCUUACCAGGGGUUUUCCUCAAGGCGUAGAUGCUGAUAUUCUCCUCUUGGGAUGCGGAGAUGUCCGCAAUAUUCUAUUCACCUUGUACACCGAACAAGGAUUCCCACCCAGAAAGCUCGAUAUCACAUGCUGCGACGUUGAAACCGCCGUUAUAGCACGGAAUGUUCUCCUCUUUACACUCCUCCUUGAUGGAACCAAUGCAGAUGCCCUUUGGGAUGUUUAUUUCCAUUUACGUAUCAGUGAGAAAUCGAAAACGCUCAUCAAGGAUCAAGCACAGAAGAUAGUGUCUCUAUCAAACAGUCUCGACGAAUGGAGUAGAGGUCAUUAUGGGUCCGUGCUAAAAUUCUGUGACGCGAAUUCGCUACAACAAACCAGACAGGUCUGGAUCAAGUAUGCCUCAUCACAGUCCAAGAGCGCGGCUAGCUUUGAGGAAGACCUACAGCGUGCUCGUAGACUUACCAAAUUGGCAACUGGUAAGUCGGAUGGACAACCUGAUAUUAUCUUGACUGGCCUCAGGUCUGCAGCUCCAUUGUCACGCCAAUCCGCGACGGAAAUCCCUAAAGUUCGAGAACACUUCUGGAAACAUGGCACUUUGGCGAAGUCGGAUGAAGCAACAAUUCCAAAUCCUAUGUUCUCAGCCACAUUGUCUACAAACACUCUUCUUCACUAUGGCACAGACCCUGUUCUGGGAUUCCAUCUCGCAACUGCAAUUGCGAAUUUGGCCCCAGCAUCUCCGCUACUCCCUAAAAAAGGCAAUGACAUGGUGAUGAAUAUCGUCACAGCAGCGAAGACACAGUUUAGCGCGUGGGUGGCGGCAUUUCAGAACACCCCAGAAACUCGUCUCAAUAUCAGGUUUACCAUAUCCGACGCUUUGUCAUUCAGUCAUGCUUUGCAGGUUAUUUCAACAUCGGAGCGCAAGUCAACAAACAUAUUCCAGAAGCACUUCGAUGUGGCGGCUAUUGAAUUUGACACUAAGGCCUACAAUAAGAAAAAUUCGGCACCAACAAGAUUUGACGUGAUUGAUACCUCAAAUCUGGCUGACCAUAUCGGCACACUAAACCUAUUAGUCGCGGCAUUGCCUUUAUUGAAGCCAUCGGCAAGCUCCGCUUUAUGGAUAGAGACAUUAAUAAAAACAGAGGGGACACGAAAGCGACAAUUUGACGCUCUUCUCUGUGGUCACAUACCGACCAUAUCUCUCCUUCUCGGUCUAGCUCCAGUUGACUUUUGGACGAAUGCGACAUCCGUGUCCUAUGUAGAUGAGCUCAUGAUAAACCACAUGACCAUCUCAGACAGCAAACAGCAAGCACAUUCGCGAUUGGCUUGGAAAUUGGGCAGGUAUUUUUCGCAGCACCCUAAUGAUUAUGGGGUUCUGAACGUUGAGGCACAUGCGCUCGCCAAGGCUAUAUUCAAGCUUUAUACUAGCAUGUUCGAGAAUGAAGAUCCUACGCGCUUUAUAAGCGAUACUCCGUUUCAAGGGGACCCGUAUUCGCACUUUCACAGAGGAAGCUUCGCCGCGUUGAUCAAGCAUGUCCAAGCAAAUACCUCUACCGACUGGCCAUCUUUCUGGGAGGAAUUGUUACGGUUGAUAGGGCAAGACGACCAGAACAAAAUAGCCCUACGAAAUCUUUACCACCAUGAACUAAGUGCUCAGCUACAUCUUCAGGGUCUAUACACGGAGCAAUGGCUAAGGGAUGAGGUAAAGUCAAAGCCUACUCUAGGCGGCUUCAAUGCCUGGAAGGACAUACCUGCGGUAGUGUGCGUAACGGUUUCAGUGCCAAGAAAACACAUCGAUCACCUAUAUAGCAGCGAUAUGAGCAAGAUCAAUGCACCAACACUCGAGGGCUUUCUCAAAUCGAGCAACCCAUCCGGUUGGCACAAUCUAUUCGCAAAUGUACAUGUUACAUUUGGGCAAGUCCAAACAUCAGGGGAUCGCGAGUCCGACGAUUUCUCAGUAGCCGUUCUUCAAGACCCCCUUGGCUGGCAGGGAAAUUCUUCUUUGGUAGCUUCGUUUUAUGUCCCGUCCGCUGCUCUGCAAGUUGAGCCGAGAGAUGCUAAGGUUGGACUUAGUAUUCAGAAUACAUUCAUGAGCAUCGGAACUUUCACGCACCUCAUGCCUACCAUGGUCAUUUACAUGACAGCGAUAAACGAUGCAUCCAACAUAUUUGUUACCAAAUAUGAGCCAGGAAGGUCCGGAUAUCCCUUUGUCAGUGGCCGAGAAGGCUCCGUGGCAGGAAACAAGAUCACCACGGUCGGCGCACACGCCACUACACAAAUCACGGCCAAUCUUGAAAAUGGCGAGAUCAAAACACUAUGUGGCCGCAUCGAUUUCUCUGCAUCACAACAUGGCAAGAAGCUUUUAGCAGAACGAGUUCCGAUAGAGCUACAACAAUCAUCGCCAUUCUCGAUUGACAUCGUGUUCGGCGAGAGAGCUCUAGUCUGUCCCGUCUCUUUCCAUAUCCCGGUUCUACAAGAAACUGCGAAGACUCGUAUCGCACGCACAUCGGGUUAUGUUGAAGUCAUCGCAUCCUUGGCAGAUCCUCUUAUUCCGGGGCCAUUAUCGCCGUUUAUCUAUCCCGUAACACUAGGGGACCGUUCUAUACCUACAGUGCCAUACGGGCAUGUUAAUUUAGACUCACUGCCCAUUCUCAACAUGGAGUCAUCCCAUAAAAAGGAGAAUGCUUGGCUGACCACGCUAACCUCAUUUCAAUUCUCUACCCGCGAGCGGGAAUUGCGCGAAUCUACCAAGCCUCCUACGCUAAGGUUGAAUUUCAAAGAGACCCUCUUUUCCAUCUUUAUGCUCUCGUCUGGGCUUCAAGGUGGUCAAACGGGGCUCUUUGCCUUACAGCACCCAGAAAACGGUAAUCAAAUGAUGAUAUUUGUUCGUUCUAUACGGCUCAAUGGUGCCGAGGGAUCUAUCGUAGCAGACGCUGCUGUGAUCCCAUUUACACUACAAAUGAUUGAAUCCGGAGAAGUCGAAUCAUUCUUGUACGUACUCCGAGAACUGCAGAUAUGCUCUCUUGCCGUUGACGACGAGGAGCUUGUUCUCUGGAAGCAAAUCCUCCCCGGUCUCGCUGAGCGGUGUCGCACGUGGAAUCACGGCCCCAAAUGUGAAUAUAAGAGAUCCAAAGCGACCAUUCCGUUAAGCACGAAGAUAGGUGAGAAGUUCAUGUGCAGCUGCGGCAAGGGAAAAAUACCCCCCGGGUUCAUAAAUUUGCCGGACUGGGAUGAAACCGCAGCCAAAUAUGCGGUGCGCAUAGCUAUCAGUCCAAUGUUCUCGGUGCCGUUUAUUGAAGACGUCGUAGAUUGGAACCUGCUUAAGACGCAGGACGGCUCCGACUUCAAUCACAUUGAUAAGUGUCGGAAUUGUAACGCGACGAAUAAUAAGCAAGGCGGAGACCUUCUCAAGUGCUCGAGGUGCAAAGAGGUUUUUUACUGCUCCCCAGAAUGUCAGAGGAAGGAUUGGAAGAAACAUAGGAUGGAGUGUAAACCGCAGGAUGCGGUGUAGGUACCUACUUUUGAGGUUCAAAGACCUAUGAGAGGUUAAGGGAUGUGGAAUGAGAAUUGCGGAAUGUCGGGUGAAAAGUGAAUUUUGGGGGGAUUUCUGGCGUUUGUCCUGUGUCGGAUUUUACGUGUUGCUGUGCUGCGCUUUUAUGAGAUCAUGAAGAUUCACGAUGUCCUAAAUGAAGUCUG